AUGUACUCAGACAUGAAGAGAUCCCUACACGGGAGCGCCGAUCUGGAGCACAGCUGGGACGCUGACGCCUCCCCGCCACCCCUCCAAAACUACCUGUGGCUCACCAUCCUCACCUGCUUCUGCCCUGCCUACCCAGUCAACAUCGUGGCUCUGGUCUUCUCUGUAAUGUCGAGGAACAGUUACGAGCGGAGAGAUUAUGAGGGCUCCAGGAGGCUGGGGCGGAUGGCACUUCAGGUGGCCAUCGCCUCCAUCAUCAUCGGCCUCCUCAUCAUCGCCAUCCUCAUCAUUGUCCAUGCCUCCACGGGAAACCUCUGA